CUCGAAGCCUAUCCGCUGCAGAUCGGUGGUGGUAUCACCUGUUUUCGGGAACUCGAACGGGUGCAGUGAGACUCGCUCGCGAAGACGACGCGCCGAUAUCGACGACAAGAACGACAUUUAGCCCUUGGUGGUGGAUUCAUCCUUAGUUCUAAAUUUAAACGCGUCACGAUAUCCCCUCGGGUGAUUGGCGCUAGGUUGGCUGCGCGGCGCGUUGCGGCGCGGUGUCGACUACGCGAGUCAGUCGACGUUCCGCCGGCGAGCAGUGCGGACGGCAGUUCGAAAAUCUUGUCACCAUCGCGAAUUAUCGUCACUGGCGCGUCCGUGAUACGAGCCACCGGUGCGAGGGACAGGCGCCACGUCCACCAGCUCUUUAUUGAUCGGAAUUAGCCUGCGAACUUAUCGCCCUAACUUUCAUCGGCGCGCUCUAGUAGUGGCCCGCUUAUUCGGUAGUGUAUCGUAAAUACGCGAGGUGCUACUAUCCGGAAUGGCUGCCCCAGCAGCUUGCACGCGGUUCAGUGACAACUACGACCUCAAGGAGGAACUCGGCAAAGGGGCUUUCUCCGUUGUUCGACGAUGCGUUCAGAAGAGUUCAGGUCUCGAGUUUGCGGCAAAAAUUAUCAAUACAAAAAAGCUCUCCUCUAGAGAUUUUCAAAAACUCGAAAGGGAAGCUCGAAUAUGUAGGAAACUUCAGCAUCCAAAUAUUGGUAAGUGCUCUCUCGUGAGAUUACAUGACAGCAUACAAGAAGAAAACUUCCACUACCUCGUCUUCGACUUAGUUACUGGCGGAGAACUAUUUGAGGAUAUUGUCGCUCGAGAAUUCUACAGUGAAGCAGAUGCGUCGCACUGCAUUCAACAAAUCCUGGAAAGUGUUCAUCACUGUCAUCACAAUGGAGUAGUACACAGGGAUCUUAAGCCCGAAAAUUUGCUCCUCGCCAGUAAAGCAAAGGGUGCGGCUGUGAAAUUAGCAGAUUUUGGACUUGCAAUAGAAGUUCAAGGUGACGCACAGGCAUGGUAUGGUUUCGCCGGAACGCCCGGUUACCUCAGUCCGGAGGUUCUGAAAAAAGAACCUUACGGAAAACCAGUAGAUAUUUGGGCAUGUGGCGUAAUCCUUUAUAUUCUAUUGGUUGGUUACCCUCCAUUUUGGGACGAGGACCAGCAUCGAUUAUAUGCACAGAUCAAGUCAGGAUCAUAUGAUUACCCCACACCAGAAUGGGACACCGUGACACCAGAAGCAAAGAACCUCAUCAAUCAGAUGCUCACAGUGAACCCCAGCAAAAGAAUCACCGCUAGUGAAGCCCUCAAGCACCCAUGGAUCUGCCAACGAGAACGUGUUGCAUCCGUCGUACACAGACAAGAGACUGUGGACUGCUUGAAGAAGUUUAAUGCGAGGCGCAAACUAAAGGGCGCUAUUUUGACCACGAUGCUGGCAACGCGGAACUUUUCCAGUAAGUAUGAUACACAUGGUCGAAGUAUCAUCACAAAGAAGGGUGACGGCUCUCAAGUCAAGGAGUCAACCGACAGCAGUACGACGCUCGAAGAUGAUGACGUGAAAGAGGAUAAGAAAAGCGGCGUCGAUCGGAGCAGCACAGUCAUAGCCAAAGAACCCGAAGGCUACGGCUCUCAGGGUACACCGCCGAAUAGUCCUGCAGCCACAUCAGUAUUCUCCAGGUUAUUGGGAUCAGCAACGGGAAAUAAGCAAGCCCCAGGUUCGGGGAAUCCCUUAGGAAUCGCCGCGGUGCUCCUUCAGGGCGCACAAGCUGGCAAUGGCAGUGGCAGUGGCUCCAGCCACAGUAGCAGCAGCAACAGCCAGAACAGCCAGACUGGCACUUCGCCUUCCACAGCAUCGACGAUCUGCCUUACCACCCAGAACAACGCACGACGUCACAGCGCCUCAGGCACCGAUCCCGAUGGUCGACUUCCGGCUGCAGGAGACACGAUUCAGCUGGAGAGCGAUCAUUAUGAAGGAGAAGACGCUCGUCGUCAAGAAAUCAUUAAGAUGACUGAACAACUGAUUGAGAGCAUCAAUACCGGUGACUUCGAGGCGUACACAAAAAUCUGUGAUCCUCAUCUGACAGCAUUCGAGCCUGAGGCUCUAGGUAAUUUAGUCGAGGGAAUGGAAUUUCACAAGUUUUACUUUGAUAAUGCAGUAUUAGGGAAGAACUGCAAGGCCGUGAAUACGACGAUCCUCAAUCCUCAUGUUCAUCUCCUUGGCGAAGAUGCUGCCUGCAUCGCUUAUGUCAGACUUACCCAGUAUAUGGACAAACAAGGUGUGGCGCAUACUCAGCAGAGCGAGGAAAGCCGCGUUUGGCACAAGAGAGACAAUAAAUGGCAGAACGUGCACUUCCAUCGGAGCGCGGUGACGGGUCCGUCUCCGUUUUCCUUCAACCACAAAUAAGAUCCUCCCAAAGGAUUCAAGAGAGCAACAAAAGCAACAGUUACCGUACCAAACUUUGUUGUCCCACUGGUGAUUUUAGUACUAAGCGCGAUACCGAUUCCAAUGGUCGCCGGUACUCGCUCCAGUAUCUGCUUAGCGCUCGACUAAGACGUGGUGGAAAAAAAGAAGAUAGAAAAAAAACAGAGAAAAAAGCGGUGAAGAAGCACAAGGAGAAAGGGAAGCAACCAAGUAGAGAAUCUAGCUCUCCGUCGAAAAAUCCCCGGAUUCAGAAUUCCAAUCUUCAUAAUUUCCCAGGAUGGUCCAGGAACAUUUUUCCGAUGGUAUUUUCCAACGAGCGUUAAGACUCCUAUAAUCUGCUUAGUUAGUAACAAAUUUGCGUAGAGAGUCGCUUGAUCUUCGCUCCGUUCGAGCCUUACAAUCGACCCAAGACUGCUAAACGGUAAGGGCCAGCAUUUCAGUCUCUAUUUAAGCAACGGAUCCUACAAUCUUCGAAAAACACCGGCUACGCCACUAAUCUCCCUUCACGAUUAGAGAUCAUCUUGAGAAGAAAUAUCUUACGCACUACUUCGCUUUUCGACCGAUGACAUUGGACAGAAUUGCACCAGGAAAAUCCGAAUUUGCGUUGCACCUCCCACUUGAAUUCAUUCAUAUGGCACGCAGUGGGACAAGCCAGGGUACCGGUCAUAAUUAAGGUUCGGUAGCCGAACCGAGUCAGUGCUCGGGAAGUAGCCAGGCGUGGGUAUGACGGAUUCCGUCUCUCUUUCGUUGCGGUUCCUGCGCGUCAUCCCCACUCCUUGCUUCUUGCCGUUCGCUCAUUCGGUUCUACUUUCCGAGCCCUUAGUUUGGAUCCGAUUUAGACGCUCUUUUUUUAAAAGUAAGGCUGAUUAAGUUCUGUAAAGUCCUCGGGACGAUUUGAAAACUUCUGUGUUUACAAGAAAUUGGAACGAAAUAAAUUGAAACCAAUUUCUCUCGACUAUAAUUGCUGCAAUUCGAUAUUUGAGAUUUUAUUAGUUGGAAGAGGCCUGACGGGACUAUUUUUCAAUCAAAUUAAUGUUUUGCUGAGUUGGAAAAGGCAGCAAGAUUUUUCAAAA